ACACCUGCGGACACAAACCCUCCUGCACAUUACUUUGCACUACUUCAACCCUCCACUCUGAACGACGAUUGUGGUUGGCACCGAAAUUCACCUUCGAACAACGCACUGCUGAAUUUCUGGAUUUUACUCAAAUUAUCUUUGUGUCUACUUUGCUGUUGGACUAACAUGCUGGGCAUGUUUUGUAUCCGUGCGCUUUCCUCUCUGACUCGCCUUUGGACUGCAACACACAUUAAACUUCUGCAUUCUUUACCUGGAAUCACUGUGGCUCAGAUUGAUGAAGAGGUAGCCAAACUGUUACAGCUGAAGGCUCGGUUGGGAGGAGAUGAAGGCAAACAUCAGUAUGUUCUCAAGACUGCAAAGGGAACAAGGGACUACAACCCCAAACAGAUGGCCAUCAGAGAGAAAGUCUUCAACACCAUUAUUAGCAGUUUCAAACGCCAUGGAGCAGAGACCAUUGACACGCCUGUUUUUGAACUAAAGGAAACAUUAACAGGGAAAUAUGGCGAAGAUUCCAAGCUCAUCUAUGACCUUAAAGACCAAGGAGGAGAGCUGCUUUCACUCAGAUACGACCUCACUGUGCCCUUUGCUCGCUACCUGGCAAUGAACAAAAUAACCAACAUCAAGCGAUAUCACAUUGCCAAAGUCUACCGUAGGGACAACCCAGCCAUGACCCGUGGACGCUACAGAGAGUUUUACCAAUGUGAUUUUGAUAUCGCAGGGCAGUAUGAUGCCAUGAUUCCAGAUGCUGAGUGUCUAAAGAUCGUCUACGAAAUUCUCAGUCAGCUGGACCUCGGUGACUUCUGUAUCAAGGUGAACGACAGACGUAUUCUCGAUGGAAUGUUUGCCGUGUGUGGCGUUCCAGAUGACAAGUUCAGAACCAUCUGUUCAACUGUGGAUAAACUGGACAAGGUGCCCUGGGAGGAGGUGAAGAAGGAGAUGGUGAAUGAAAAGGGCUUGUCCGAGGAUGCAGCUGACCAGAUUGGGGAAUAUGUCAGCAUGCGGGGUGGAAUGGACUUAGCAGAGCGACUGCUUCAGGACCAAAAAAUGUCCCAGAGCAAACAAGCCUGCGCUGGCCUUUCAGAUAUUAAGUUGCUCUUCAGCUACAUGCACCUCUUCCAGAUCACAGAUAAGGUGGUGUUUGACCUUAGUCUGGCCCGUGGACUGGAUUAUUACACAGGAGUCAUAUACGAAGCAGUGCUCACUCAGGCUGGUGUCGCCGCCGUCUCCAGUGAAACCCAGAAUGGAGCCGCUGGUGAGGAGAGUGUCAGUGUCGGCAGUGUGGCCGGAGGAGGUCGCUACGAUGGCCUGGUGGGCAUGUUCGACCCUAAGGGCAGAAAAGUGCCAUGUGUGGGAGUAAGCAUUGGCAUCGAAAGGAUUUUCUCCAUCAUGGAACAGAAGGCGGAGGCAUCUGCAGAGAAGAUUCGUACCACAGAGGUCCAGAUCAUGGUGGCCUCUGCUCAGAAAAAUCUACUGGAGGAGAGACUCAGACUUGUCACAGAGCUGUGGAAUGCAGGCAUUAAGGCAGAGGUCAUGUACAAAAAAAACCCCAAACUACUAAGUCAGCUGCAGCACUGUGAGGAGUCAGGGAUCCCACUCGUGGCCAUACUGGGGGAACAGGAGCUGAAAGACCAAGUGGUCAAACUCCGUGUGGUGGCCACCAGAGAAGAGUUGGAUAUUCCCCGGGCUGAUCUGAUCAGUGAGAUCAGGAAGAGGACUUCGGCAGCAUAGUCAUUCAACUGAGACGGCUGUUUCAAACAGAACAACAUUUAGCCAGUUCAGCCGUUUGUAGUUUUUUUUCAAACAGAUCGUCGAGCCUGAAUUAAAGAAUGAAACUCUUUUAAAGUAAGAUGAUUUACAUGGCUGCAUAAGUGUCUCAAUAAACGGUUGUAACCCCUA